CUUGAAGCGUCUGUCUAGGUAUCUAUAACCGCCAAACUCAAACAGGCAACGCGUUGGGUUGGGUUGUGGUCCACUGUUUGCUCGCCAGACGCGCCAAAGAGAUUGAAUGGUGGAGCCUGAGGAGCGAGCAGUCGAGGACCCUCUGGUCUCGCCGGAAAUCCUUCACCAUCACUGGUAUCAAGUCAACCCGUCUGACUGGCUGGUCAAGGGCGGGGGGAGGGAUCUUAUGUACUGUACAGUAUGGACGGACCGAAAUGCGCCCCUAGUCUACACAAUACAAUACAGACUACGUAGGGUCGCAGUCACAACUGUUAACAUAUGUGAGAACCUCUGGAUCGAUUACAUAGUUGGCGCCGCAAGGGAGGGUGGGGCUAGCCCCUCUCCUUACACCCAGCAUUCCUCGAAAUUUCUUUACUUCUUCUGCUGGGUUCUGGAAAAUCCAUGUUUCCAUUGUACUGUGUUCCUAUGUGUAUGUUGGUUACCAUGCUACCUUCCAUGCUACCAUGUUGGUGAAGUCUAUGCUACUUGGCAAUCAUAUGGUCGGAUCACAUAUCCGCUUUGGGCACCCCCAAAAAACAAACCCUUGAACCUAUACGAUUCUCGAUUGCCUUAAUGAGCCACUCUCUAUGUACUGUAGUAAAUCCUGUACGUGGUAUGUAAUAUAUAUUGUAUAUGUUACACACCGUGGC